GAUGAAGCAGCAUACUCAGAUGCUGACUCUGUUGAUUUGGAUUUUUUGAUUGAUUUGUACUAUGAUCACAAGUGUCCAUAUCCUGAUUAUGAGUUGCUUGAUUUGGGCAAUGGAUGUCUUUGCCUACUUAUGUUUCGUCCUGAUGAAGAUGCCGAAAGAGAGCCUCAUGUGUUGGUGAGCACUUUUCAGGUUAUUGAGGCGAAGAAGGGAACUAGUACUAGUGCAAGGCCGACUUCUUAUCAUCGUUGUGUUCAUCAGCGCCGCAUCUUGUGUGACUUGAGCGGUGGAGAAGCCACAAUUCGCCAUAGAUCGCAUCCUAGUAGUGGUGACAUUGUUACUUUCUGCACUGCAUGAACUAGUAGCCCACAUAGCUUGUGUUUACAUACAUGGUUUGGGACAGGGAUCAUCGAAUUCUAGGAAUUAGGACUCCAAAUCUAUACAAUUCUAUAUGUGUUUUAAAGUUUCUUGAUGUAUAUAUUGAAUUAGAUUUAUUGGUAAUGAAAUUCGGAAAUAUAACUUCUCAUGACAAAUCAAUUGGCAGAUUUUUUUUUUUUUUUUGAGUGAGUACUAUCUAGUUUAUGCGGUUUUAACGACUCAAAAUGACUGUUUGUUCCUUCUUGAGUUGAUCAGCCAUCAAUCAACUAUUUGAAUUUCUAUGUGCAUUUUGUUCCUACUAUACAAUUAGCAGAAGAAUGAAUUAGUUGUUCGUUAUUACUCAUUGAUUUAUGUAUGUGUGCACCGAAUACAAUUCUCAUUCGAGCAAUUUAUAUUACUGUUACUCAAUCCAUGAAGUUUCACUUAGAUAUGGAACAAAGAUGUUCCGACGAUAAUAAGAACAUUGUUCCGAUGAUGUGCCCACCAAUCCAUGGAAAGGAAAAUAAUCAAUGUGUUUUAUGUAGAAACAAUGUUCUUAUUAUCAUCAGAACAUCUCUGUUUUCAGAUUCAAAUUCAUCCAAAUCUGUCUUUGAUGUAUAUGUAUGUAUAUAUAGCUUUACUUUCUCUUAGGUAAAUGCAUAUUAAUGAAAUUAUUAUAAGUUAAAUGCAAAAUUUCCGUCUUCAUAAAUCAAAGAAAAAAAAAAAAAGGGUUAAACUUUUGAACAAACUUUAGGGAUUAAGAUUUGACUUUGGCGACAUGCAGUCGUUGCAUUGUUAUCCGUUGUAGAACUCACAAUAAGAUUGUAGAAACCACAAUUGUGUCCAUUUUUGACAAUUCAUAUCUCUUUGGUGUUUCUCUCAGUGUAGUAAUACUGAAUUUGCUGAGUUCAUCACUAAAACAUGGAUGUCCUCUUAACAUGAAUUAGCAUAUUAGAAAUAUUAAUGUAGCAAUGAAUCUUGAUUAGAUUUGUUAUAAGCUUGGUAAGUUUGUGAAAUGAAAAAAUUAGAACAAGUGGUUUGGGACACUGAGAACCACAACACUGUGUUCACAUACAAUUUCAAUUUCAGCACUGAGCAGAGAUUUGUUGAUUGACCUGUGGAAGAUUUUAAACCUGUCAAACCAACUCUGCUACCCAACUAUAAUGAAUGAGUAUACUGAUUUUGAUGAAUCAUAAUUAGAUCCUGACUGUGAGUUGCUUGAUUUGGGCAAUGGAUUUCUUUGCCUACUUAUGUUUGUCUAGAUGUCUACAACGUCCCUCUAGUGUUAAAAUCUGUUCUCCAAUUUAAUAUGUGAGUAUGAGAGCAUUUAGACUCAAAAUUGAUAUUUUAGGGACCAAAUUAAAAAUAAAAUAAAAUACAACAAAAAAAGUGGACCAAUGGCUACAAAUAUUUUGGUGGACACAUGAUAGGACUAGAGCAUGAAACAGUUGUAACCGUACUGCCUCUGGAUUGCACUAAACUGUUCUAGAAUCUGUAAGUAAUGUCCUUGAUGUAGAGUGAGUUUAGAGUUAAUUGAAUGAUUUUUCUUGUUCAAAGAUGGUCAUGGAACUUUUCAUUUCUCUCUUUCCUCUGUCAAUUACUUUUUUAGUUUUCUGGAUGCUUCUUAAUAAAAUAAUCAACAUUGAUAGUGCUUUUUACCAAAAUCUAAACCCAAGGUUUGAAAUUCACUGUUUCACAAACAUUGAACCUUCUUUCCUUAUUUUGGAAAUUUAACUCACCACUUCUGAUGGCGGUAGUGCCAUAUAACUUGACAAGCCAAGACUGUCUUGCAUCAGUUUGUUUUCUCAUUUUUUUUUUUUCAAAUGCAGAGGCAACAUGAUCUAAUGUUGUAUACGACUUGCAGUUUCUGAAAACCAUACGAAGAUGUGUGAAGAUAGUGGAAGUUGUUCCAAGGGAUGGGUUACAAAAUGAGAAGGAGAUUGUACCUCCCUCCGUAAAGAUUAAGUUGAUAAAGAUGCUCGUUUCUUCUCGGUUGCCUGUUGUUGAGGCCACUAGUUUUGUUUCGCCAAAAUGAGUACCACAGAUGCCAAGGAUGUCCUCGAGGCAAUUCAGUGUGUUAAGGGAGCUAGGUUUCCUAUUUUAACACCUAAUCUUAAAGGUUUUGAGGCAGCUGUUGCAGCUGGAGCUAAGGAAGUGGCCAUCUUUGCUGCAGCUUCUGAGUCUUUUUCGAUGUCAAACAUAAACUGUAGCAUUGAAGAUAGCCUUGCUCGAUAUCGUGAUGUUGCGCUUGCUGCUAAAAAGCUCUCAAUUCCUGUCCUGUGGUUGAAGGAGCAAUAGCUCCAUCAAAAGUAGCAUACGUGGCAAAAGAACUUUUUGAUAUGGGAUGCUUUGAAAUUUCCCUUGGUGAGACUAUUGGUGUUGGUACUCCAGGUAAUUCUAAGGUGAUUUUUAUAUUUUUGUUUAAUUUCUACAGUUCAUAGAAUAUGAGAAAUCAGUAAUGACAUACAUCUGAAGUAUUAGUUUGUUGCUGACAUCAUAAAUUAUCAUAAGAGAGCCUGUAAAAAAUCUGAGGUUUACUUAAAUCUUUCUAAUUUCUUGUAUGUUCUCAUUUGAAUUACUAUUUCAAAACUUUAAUCUGUCGUAUGCUAUGUUUGACUAGUUAGCUGUUGACCGGCCAUUCAUCUGGUCUGUUUGUGAUUUCAUACAAAAAUUAUUUCUGAGUUUUAGUCCGGGGGAUUGAACCCCUAAACCAAAUUGUAUUAACUGGUUCAAUAUCUGGUUCAACCAGUUGAUCUGUGAACCAGUCACUGAAAUUGGUCAAUGUUGGGAUGUGGGUACGGUCAUUCUAUUUCCACAGACCACCUUUUCUCAGUUCACACCAUUUUUUUUUGUACGGAUAUCAAUUACUGAACAAAAAACUCAUGGUUCGGAUAUCAAUUACUGAACCAAAGGUAUAGCUGAACCAUGGGUUUUUGUUUGGUAAUUGAUAAUUGAACCCUUUUUUUUUUGGUAGUUGAUAUCUGAUGAAAGGAGGGUGUGAACUGAGAAAAACGUGUAAAUUGAUGCUCCCGUGGGUGCAACUUUGCAUUUGGCCGCCUGAUCCACCUUGUCUGGUAUGAUGUAACAACUUGGGAACAGUAUAUUUGAACAAAUAAUGUGCAUUUGUUUAUUUUUCUCCCUUGUAAAGGAUGAUAAGAUUAAUUAUAGGAUUGGAAUAAAAUAUGUAUAUUAACUAAAAUCUUGUGUUUAAUAAAUCCUCCAAUCAUUUCCUGAAUUGUAUGUUAAAAUUUACCAUUACCUACCACACACUUACCAUCACCUACCACACACUCACCUACUACACUCACCUACUCCUCACCUACCACCACCUACUCCAUUCACCUACU